AUGGCCUUCCAAUUGAGAUUGCCGGCGAUGAUUGCCAUAUAUCUUUUGUUUUUUUUCAACAAAAUAUCAUGGACCGAAACUGCUGUUGAUCGAAGUGAGCAGGCAAAAGCUGAAGAGUUCCUUGACUAUUACAACAGUUCAAUACUCCAAUGGCAUUACAAGAAGUUUACAGCGUCAUGGAACGAGGCAACGAACUUAACGGCGUACAAUCGAGAAGUUAAAAUAAACACCAGUCUGGCUUUUGCUUCAUUCGAAGAAAGCAUUCGAGCGAACGCGUCGCGAUUUAAUACCAGUCAAUUGGAAGAGGAUACAGCGCGACAGCUAAACCUAAUCAUAUCUUCCACGCAGUUAAAGAACGCAACCGAACGAGCACGAAAAGAAACGCUUGUAUCUCAAAUGAAGACAAUUUACAGCACCGCAAAGGUAAAGCCCAGAUCAACCGAGGAUGAGAGUGCACGAGCUGUACACUAUCAUGCAUAUUUUAUUUUAAUUAAAACGUACUAGUUGAAACGCUUUCUUAUCAAACCUUUAUUUUGUCCAUUAUCUAGGGCUUGUAUAAUAUCUCCUGUAGCAAUUUGGGACCGCCAAUUCUCAUUAAUUAGCUCUCAUAUACUCGUUUGACUGCAGCUUAACGGGUUUUAAUAACACACAAAACAACAGACACUCCGAAAAUUGUAAACAUUUUCAUUCUUUACGUUUCGACUAUUAAUCUAGGUCAUCAUCAGAAUGAACAAUGAAGAUUUAAGGCAUUCUUCUGAAGAUGACUUAAAAAACUUAAUAGUCGAAACGUAAAGGAUGAAAAUGUUUACAAUUCAUUUUCGGAGUGCCUAUUGUUUGGGUUUUAUUUAUAAAAUACUGUACAUCAAAAUCGACAAUGACUUUAAUCACAGAAACUUUGACCGUAUAAGCGAACCUAGUUAAAGUUUAGAAGAUAUCUCUAUUUUCGGCAAGUUGUCCGUUCGGCAAAAUGUCUUUCGGCAAAAUGUCUUUCGGCAAAAUGUCUUUCGGCAAAAUGUCUUUCGGCAAAGUUUCUUUCGGCAAAAUGUCCCGCCACCUUUUGUUCCACCAUAAAUGAGUAUAAGCCUAUAUAAUAAACUCAGGUCAAACGAAAAUUAGUAUAAGCCUUUAUUAAACUUAUGGUUUGCAUGAGAGUCUUCUAAGUCUCGUUAGUUGACGAGGAUUGACUUAAGCCAGUUUUCCACUAGCGAAUUUUUUCGCGCAAAGCGACCUUUUUCCUUUGUCGGCAUGCACUUAUUACGUCAGCAAGAUGUGGCAAAAUGGAUGCCGACAAGGGAAAAAGGUCGAUUGGCGCGAAAAAAUUCGCUAGUGGAAAACCGGCUUUAGUUGAUAUUAUACCACAUGCGUAGCGUAAACUAUAUCUUCAAAUCUUAUAUAUUCGAGUCCAUAUCAGAGUUUGCGAUCAAAUUAAAAGUGCUCCUUUGAGAAGGGCUAUUCUUUGAUAAGAAUUAAUGAAGGUUUGGCCCAUCACAACACUUAAUUUCAAGAAGUUAUAAUUAACUCCAGUACUCAGUAGAUAAGGUACAAAAUUACACCACUGGAGUGAACUACUUGAAAUUAACAGCAAAUGAUUCUGCGCUUGCUUGUCAAAUCGACAGAUUCAUUCCUUUGCAAUUUAUUGUUCGUCAGUCAGUGCGGAGGGCGCAGUGCUGAUGUAAAGAAAAUAACCGCGGUCCAUGAAUGCACCGGUUUAAGACAUCACAGCUGCAUGAGUUAAUUUGCAUGUCUUGUUAUGCAUAGUGUUAGAAAGCUCGUUGUUAAUAGGGUUUUUAGGUCAGUUGUCGUGUGGGAAUAACUCGUAACCAAGACAGCGUCUUUCUCUGCUGUCAAUCUAAGUAGGAUUGUGCCUCAAAAAAACACGUUUUUUCAUGUUUACUUUUUUUUAAAAGAUCCCUUGACAAUUUGAACUCAAGACAAUGUAAGUAACAUUUGAUCGGUAUAAUUCAAACCGAGAAGCAAGAAUUGCAGUCUGCAAGACUCUCCAUGUGGUCUCCAAUAGCAGCAACUUUAUCGAACAGACAUAGAUUUAAGAUUUUUCUUAAAAGAUUCACCUAAUAGAGAUGAAUGCAGGUGAAUAAGCAGUAAAAUUUCUGACUAUAGAAAGUAAAAUGUGUAGGCUAACUAUGUAAAUAAGCCUAAACAAAAGUGGGGAUUAAACUGAAACAACAAAAUAAUAUAUCAGUUGAUAUACCGUAGUACGUCGUAUUCUUUUAAUUAAAGUACCCGAAGUAUUUCUUUAAUUAAAGCGCAAUUGCAAGAUUGUUUGAGAACAAUAAGGCUGCAUACGUAUAAGAGGCAUGAAAAGAUUGCAUGUGAUUGUCCGCCACAAAAUCCAUGAUGGAUAAUCGAUGGCUAUAAUUAAACGUUAAAAGAAUAUUCAAGGAGAUUAUCGGGAAAUAAUUUUCCCCAAUGUUAAAAGAAUCACUCAAUGCACGUUUUGUAUUUUUAAGUUUUCUAUUGGUGGAUAUACAAGCGUUUUUUUUCACUCUCGGCAGUAUAUUGUUUGUGCUGGCUUCGGUUUGUGCAAUGUGCAAACAGUGCAAUGUCACAAAAUAGGGAAUGUGUUUUGAUAUUAAAGAGUUAUUAAACUAUACAUGGUGUGAUUGGUUGUUUUCGAGAAACGAUUUAAGGGCGGAUAUCUAAAAUUGUAUGGCGAAAAGGGAUUGUACCGUAUUAUCGACACGCACAUAGAGAGGGCAAACUUAUCCAUACUAUGCACAUGCAUGUUAUAACAUUUUUGAAUACUGGCCGCAUAUAAACAUAGUUUUAAAAUGUGCUUCAAUCGUUGAACGAAUAUCCCACGUCGAGUAUUAAGUAUUCCCAAAGCUUCACAGGCUUUGGGUUCAUGCCAUUUGCGAUAUAGUGACCCAUCAGUCUGGUAAAAACUAGCCGCAUAUAAACAUAGUUUUAAAAUGUGCUUCAAUCGUUGAACGAAUAUCCCACGUCGGGUAUUAAGUAUUCCCAAAGCUUCACAGGCUUUGGGUUCAUGCCAUUUGCAAUAUAGUGACCCAUCAGUCGGGUAAAAUUCAUAGCCAGUCAGAGAUAAUACCAUCCCUAUGUCUAAGUUUGUGCAAUAUAUUUAAAAAAAUAUAUAAUUUCAUAUAGUUAUUAGAAUUUUCUUGUUGACAAUUAAAAUCAUAACGAUUUCAAGCUUGCGCACAAUCUCGUUUCCCGAGCCUGUGAUCCUCGGGAAGGAAUGCGAGGCUCUGGGAUAAUCCGUUUCCGGGAGCCAGGAAUUGUGGCUAAGAUUGAACUACGCAUUCCAUUUCAACGGCCAAUCAGAUUCCUCCCUGAAACUGAUUAUCCCAGAGCCUCGCGUUCCUUCCGAUGGCUCGGGGAACGAGAUUGGCUUGCGCAUGGGUCAAGUUAUCCAAACUUCGUACCCAGGGCAUUUUAUAUCCUAUUGACGUCGGCAAAAAUGGUUGAACUUCGACAUUAUAUGCAUGCUAGUAUUGUAUAAAUAAGAAUGUGCAUAAGAUUUCUUUGAAUAGGAGACAUAAAUGACCUAUAAGAGUUUUGAUUAACCAGACUGACAUACUGUAUGCAGUUACAUUUAUCAUUUUGUAGGUAGGGAAUGACUCCCUUGAACCGGAACUAAUUAACAUCAUGGCAACCUCACGGGACUACGACAAACUUCUACACGCUUGGUUGGGAUGGCGCAACGUGUCCGGACGGGAAAUGAGACAAAUGUAUAAGGAGUUCAUAAAUUUAAAAAAUAUAGGUGCGAAAGAAAAUGGCUACACGGACCUCGGCGAGGCGUGGCGCUUAAAGUACGAAGUUGAUGAUUUCGCAGCCAUAGUGGAGAAGUUAUGGAUAGAAUUGAGACCAUUGUAUAUUGAACUUCACGCUUAUGUGCGGCACAAGUUAACAAAGGCCUAUCCUGGAAAGGUUUCUGAAGAUGAUUACAUUGAAGCCCACUUGUUGGGAAACAUGUGGGCACAAAGCUGGGUUAAUAUAUUUAGUCUAGUAGAACCUUACAAAAAUAAAUCUAAUCUGGAUAUAACGUCCAAUUUAAAGCAGGACAAGCGGUACAAUACGUCACUGAAGGUGACCAAAUUGGCGGAAUCGUUCUUUUUAUCUCUUGGACUAGAAAAACUGCCUCCAAGUUUUUACGAGAAAUCGAUGUUGCAGAAACCAGAUGAUCGUGAUGUUGUUUGCCACGCCUCGGCAUGGGACUUCUUUUUGUACAAAGAUGUCAGGUUUGCUUGUAUUACUAGAUUACUACUUAAUUAAACGUGAAAUGCCGAUUUAUUUUCCGUGAAUUGUGAUUCAAGUAUAGUUCCCGUGGAGCGUGAAAUUAUUUAUUUUACGUAAAACGAUAUUUAAAGAAAAAAUUGUAAGUAAAAAGUGAUUUCAAAAUUUUAGGUGAGACUAUAUUUCAUUGAAGCUGUUUAGAGACAAAGAGGAUAUAUUUUAAUAUCAACUGGAAAUAUCUACAUUUAUUUUUUUAUUUGUGCAUGCCCAAUGAUAUUUUUUUAUUUCCUGCAUCUGAUUGGCUGCAGCAGCGGGAGGCUUUUUACGAUAUUUUGACCGUGGUCCAAAAGAGUUACAAACCGAGGAGUGAAGUGAAAACACUACCCAAAAAGUUAAAAAAUGGCACCUAUCGAUACUAAAGACAGUAAAAUACAGUGAAUUUGCUUUAGUGGACUUAGUGCCAAGCCCGAAAUGUACUUUUCUCCGACCAAAAUUUGAAAAAACAAAUAUAAACAUCGAAAAACACUGGCCAGUGCUACAUGUUUUGAUUCAAAUACUCUACAUAUAUUCAGUCUCUAAUUGACUAGUAAUGUGAACAGGGACUAAAAUAUUGUUUGCAUCUUGCUAAUCCUGAUUCCUGAACGUCCUAAGCACAUGGCAGUCUUUCUUAUAUUAAGAUCACCUAAACCUGAUUUCAUGGUUUUGCAUGACUCCACGGAGAUUCCCACAUUGCAAUUGAUUUUAAAAUCUACAACAAUAAUCUGGCCAUCCAGAGUUAUUUGGAGGUUAGACUCCCCAUAGGGUGUCUUUGUUCUCCUGUUCACUUGAUAAGUUCUCUUUUGUUUCCACAAAUAUUUGACCAAGUUUUCUUGCUCCCACAUGCAGCUUGCAUGUUUCCUUCUUCCCUAAAAUUUUUUUGGUUUCAAUUCUCGUAUUCCCAAUGAAAAUUCUCCCUUGUUCUCUAAAAACCCUUUGGGGAACCUCAGAGGUUUACCAUGAAAAAGUAAACCAUGAAGCAUGUACUGCCGCAUUAUACUGGGCCUUGCUAUCACCACAAUUGGUUAUUUAAGUGCAUGUUAUCAUGUUUAUGAAGAAAAAUGAAAAGAAAUCUAUUUUUAAAAAAUUAAAAUGAGGUGUUGUAUCCACAUAUACAGAAUUUUUUUGAUUAGCAUAAAAAUUUCCUUGAUUUUCUCAGUUAAAAUCACUUCUUUUUUAAUAUUUGUUCAAAAACCAACUUUUGAAAUCCUUACGUUUCACAAAGGAAAUACAACAUUCGUGUCGUUGUUGUAUCAGGGAUACAACCUGUGAACCUCUUUCUGGGGAACUAAUUUAGCUAUAAGUUGAGAAGUCACAAUUCUAGGGGGUCCGAUACUCGCCUGUAAAAUAAAUGUUGGGUUUCUGACACUUUCCCUGUAUUAUUUUGGGUUAGACCCAAUGCGUUCAUCAUGAUUUAUCAGUUAUUUUUAAACGAAUCUAAAACUACACUCUGAAAACAUUGAGGGGGGGAGGAGGGGCGACCCACGCCUACUGCACAUUGGCGGCAGCACUUAUAUACUACAUAAAUGAGUAUUAUACAGUUAUACUUUAUGGUUUCCGUGUUUGGAUGGCCUGAUCCAAACACGGGUUUCGACCUAUCAGAGCACGCGUUAUAUACAUGUUAUUUUAUAGUAAUAAUUACUCUAACAUAAAUGCAUUUGUCAUAUUAUUAAAUAGAAUCAAGCAAUGUGUGGAAAUAACACAUAACCAAUUAGUCACUCUUCAUCACGAGCUUGGGCAUAUACAGUACAUUCUUCAAUAUUGGGAUUUACCAGCAGUAUAUCGUACAGGAGUGAACCCAGGAUUUCACGAGGCUGUGGGAGACUUGAUAUCACUUUCUGUCGAUACUACCACCCACUUGCAAAAACUUGGUUUGUUGAAAAACAGCACAAGUCAUGAUGAAGGUGAGUUGUUAAAUAUAUAAAACGGCCGCUCAGAAUUUAAAAUAUAUAUAAAACGGCCAUUAAUGCAAGCACCUCGUCCGGUAAAUGGCCAACUUUCUAAAGCUUGGGAGAUUGAACCUAUGGCGAAAAGAAACUUAAGUAUGAUAUAUUUUGCAGUGCAGUAAUUGCAUGUACUGUAUAGGAGCAACAAAAACGAUGCAAAUAUGAUCGAGUAUAAUCGACCCACCCAAUGGACCAACCCCCAAUUAACCGGAAUUUUGAACGCAACAAGUCUAGACAAAACUUCAUCACAGCAUAAAAGAGGUAAAAUGCGGAUAAAAUAGCCUUGCGAAGUUUGUAAUUUUCAGUCAUUUUGUAUCACGCACGGAAGUGGUAACCAUUUUCCCGUUUGUAAUCUAAAAUGACUGAAAAUUGCAAACUUCGCAAGGCUAUAUUAUCCACAUUUUACAAUAUUUUAAAACGAAACUUUGGAAUAUUACUCAUUUUGUGAUGCUCUUUCAAGCUGUGAUAAAAUAUUUGUCUAGAUUGGUCGAGUUCAAAAUUUUGGUUAAUUGGGGAUUGGUCCAUUGUCGACAUCAGUGAGCUUAAACAAGCGACGUACGUUUUGUCAACACGGACGUCACCCGAAAAUUGGUGUGUCUAAUUUUUGCGGCGUUUUGCAUCAUAGCGCUCAUGUAAGGAAGCAAAAAAACUUUAAAAAUCAUAUAUUUUAUCACAUGUAUUGAAGAUUAUCACAAACUGAUACAAUCACAGUUUUUAAUCCUGUCCCUCCCUCCCUCCCGUUCGGCAAUCUGACUGACGUUGCUUGCUUAAUGCCCAUACAGACCGGACGCGAUCGCGAUUUGGUUCAGUUUGAAGAAAUUUUAGCUACUUGGUCUGCAUAUCUUGUAAAAAUUUUAUCAGUUGACUUUAUUUGUUUUUGAAAACUGAAAGAAUCGCGAAGUUGUCGAAUCCCGUCCGGUCUGUGUGGGCCUUUAAGCUCGCUAUUAUCAUAUUAUAGGACGAACAUUAAAAAAGUCUAUUAUACUCUGAUAAACUACCAAACCAUGAAAUUGAGCGGAUAUACUGACAGUGUCACUGAAACUUGCUUUGACUAACCUGUAAUAAACUAGGUUGUUACCCUAAAAUACAAUACAACUAGAAUCUUAAUGGGGAAAAAAUUUCGAUGCAAUUUGCCAUGCAUUUUUUUUUCUCCAGAGUGUCGGAGCGUUUCUUGCACUUGCUAAACAAUUCAUUUCCCAACAAUUGAGAAUGGGGACUUUAUGCUAAAUUGCUGAAAGUUAUAUACAUGUAAUUAAUCUCUAUAUUGUUCAUUGCUGUAGCAGUUUUGUUCGUUUUCACUAACAUUACGUUACAAGUUGAAUGUAAAUUGCAUCGCGUCUUAAUCAGUUUCUUCAGAUCAGCACGCCCUGUCACACGUCACUGAAGUUUCUCGGUAAACGUCUCGCACAGUAUCAUAUGGUUAACAAUUAAGGAUUCUUAUUUUAUGCAUGGACGAGAACAGAAUCUUACAAGUAAAAUUAUAUUAAACUUCAAAUAUGCAAUUGUUCGCUGUCAUCUCGAGUUUCUGCUUCACACUCUGUGUACUAUACUCUGUACUAUAUACUACUAACUAGAGUUGAGCUGAGCUGCAUGUCCUCGUUUUAUAAUAACCGCGAAUUCAGGGAAUACUGAAACAAAGUGUAUAUUCAUGAAUAUACUUCACUUGUAAGUUGUAAAUGACGAGAACAGAGCAAUUAAGAGCUCUCACCUCGAUCGGUAAUUCGAUUCUCGCUUUGGACACAUUAAGAUACAUAUUCCCCAUGCAAAUACAUUAACAUUUCAAAACAGUUUUUAUUCCAGAUCUUUUAUUCCAGUUUUACGUCAAUCAAAUCUCUUUAUUAAUCAAUUUAAAUGUGAUCUCUUUAAACACUAUCACAAAAUGUCUGAAGAAAUUUGUGACAUUGGUGUGCCACAAACUUUCAAAACAAUCUGUGUUAAAUGUCAUUCAUGUCGUCCCUUGUCUAUAGUCUCUCUGUAAAUCGUGUUGUUAAUAAUUAUCACUUGCAUGUAUUCUGUAUAAAUAGUUAAGGUUACCCGUAAAGGAGUGUUUAGCUCUGUGGAUAUAACCUGUCAUUUAUUUGAAAAAUGAAAUAUGAAAAGAGUCCAUUAACGUUCUACCGAAUUUUCGUAUUGUCGUGAAUUGCCGAAUUAUCGUGAACUUUCUCCAGGUACUCUGGUUUACUCCCACAGAUUCAUGACAGGGUGAGUUGGGAUUAGCUCUUAAUUAACUGACCCUUCCAUGCAGUAUAGCUGCAUAUGCUUAGUGAUCAGACAUGAGUUAUAAAAUGGCUGCCUGAGCCACCUUAUAGAAAACCUUUGACUCCAUUCAUUCAUCCGACUAUUUCAGCUGGAAAUAUUACUCCCACUUAUUAUUUAUGUUUAGCUCCAGUAACGAUAUGUAACCAGUAUGUAUGUGUCUUGAUACAGAAUCUGAUACUAACGUUUUAAUGAAGUUGGCUCUACGAAAGAUAGCGUUUCUUCCAUUUGGUUAUCUCAUUGACCAAUGGCGAUGGAAAUUAUUCAGUGGUGAUAUCAACGAAACAAAUUACAAUGCGAAAUGGUGGGAACUAAGAAGUAAAUAUCAAGGUAUUAAACCGCCUGUACCAAGAAGUGAAGACGACUUUGAUCCUGGAGCUAAAUUUCAUGUACCUGCUGAUGUACCAUAUAUCAGGUCGGUUUCUUAUCGCAAUACUAUGACCCACUUUAUUUCCUUAUAGGCCAUUGGCAUGGCAAUUAAUGUAGCUUUUUUUUUUUGCAAAACAGGAAAAACAUCAGUGAUUUUUACUGAGAAAUUUGUAGUAUAGUACCGGGAUUUUUCAAGCUUUCUCAGGCUGCCCGUUGAUUGGUAUGAUAUAACCCAGAUUAAUCUUAAUUAUUGAUAAAUUAAAGCCUCCUUUUUAGCUUUUAUUAAAAUUGCGAUGUACUAUCCGUGGUUUCACAACUUUUCAUGCAUUCAAAAAAAGUUUGGCCGAAAACAAAACAAAACAACCAUAACGCAUAGCGAAUGGCAUAUUUACAGUAACUAUAUCAAUUUUUUAUUACGUCAAUUAUGCAAAUUAAGUGAUUGAUGUCGCAUAUGUCGUAUGCAUUGUUUAUACUAGUUUUACAGCGAGCGGUCAUGUCAUGUGUUCAUGUCACAGAUUAAUAACCUUCAAAGAUCAAUUUUCAGGAUUUGUUGGUCCGAGCAAAAAAGGUUAUGAAAACUGCAUGUAAAUUUCUUUGAAUCAGUACAAUGUGCAAAUGAAUUUUAAAAGUGCUGAGACAUUUUUGGUAUUGCUAACACAAUAAAUUGUAUUGGUAAUACAAUUACUAUUAAUAGAUUGGAUUAAGGAUCAUUCGUACGAAGUAUCCAUGCAAGUCCACGCACUUUCCACGCUAUUAAUAGCCAGUCACUAGCAAAUUUACAAACAUUCUCACUGUUCUCACUGCUCACUUUGGCCGCCUCACUUUGACUACCUAUACUUUCGCCCGGCUAUUAGGGCGAAAAUAUUAGCACCCCCGUCCUGCAAGGUCUACGAGCUUGCAAUGGACAUCGGUGCCUCGGGCGAGGGGAUUAUUUUUGCCUAAUUUCGUAUCAUCAUGACACUAACAGCUCUUUUUUCUACAUACGGCGUAGGUAUUUCGUAAGUUCGAUAUUACAGUUUCAAUUCCACAAAGCUGCAUGUGAUGCAGCCCAAUUUAAAGGACCUUUGUUCAAGUGCUCUAUAUAUCAGUCCAAGGAAGCUGGAGCAAAGAUUGCGUAAGUAAAAUUUGCUGUUCUUUUUAAAACAUAACAUGGCACAUCAAUGAAGUUGGAUAUUUUUAUACUUAUCUGCAUGUAUAUGAUCUGUCAGUGUGACGAAAAGCAAGUUUCAAAACAAGAAAAAAUGUUUAGAAGUGUUUUAAAAUUAACGAGAGCGAACAAAGCGUAGAUACUGAAGUUGAGAAAAGAAAAGAUGAACUGUUAGUUAUUAACGUAUUUCAUACUGAAUUCCAUUCCAGAGCCAUGCUGGCGAUGGGUAAAAGUAAACCAUGGCCAUAUGCUUUGGAGAAAAUGACGGGAAGCAAAGAAAUGUCUGUGGUGCCAAUGAAGGAAUACUUCCAACCACUCCAAGAGUGGCUGGUGAAAGAAAGAUGCAGCAAGAAAUACAAUAUUGGUUGGCCUGGGCAACCGGCUGAUGGUGUCAAAGAUUGCGCUACGCCAAAGACAUCGAUCAAACCAACCUCAGGGUCUGAACCAAACAGUGCAAAUGCUACACCGAGUUGCAUAUUGGCGUUACUUUAUGUAAUCGGGUUAUUCCAAGCAGUUACUUGUAUGUAAUUAAUGUAUACGAAGCCAUAGACUGAACGGUUCUGGUAUAAAUGUAAAACUUUGGACGGAAAAAGGCGUGACUGACUUAUCAAUUUGAAAGAAAUACCAGAAAUAGAUGCAUAUAGCCUUUUGUAACUAGUAUAUAUAACUGGGGUCAGUUGUCCCCCAGGAAUUGGGUUUGACCCAUUGGUCACAAUAAUUCUGCCUCUGAAAAAAAUAGCUGCAACUGUUGUUUUCAAGGAAAAUUAUCCUCAAUCAUUGGCCUCAACUGCCUAGGAAUCUCAAAAUUUUCAAUGUCUCCAAAUUAAUUUUCCCGGGUUGAUAACCCGAAUACCCACCACAGCAUAAAAAACCACAUGCGCAAAAUCAAUGUGAUUUUGUAAGACAUUAAAGUUAAAUAAUAAUUAAAGUUACAAAUCUUGACACUCUAGUUCCCUUUGGACCAAUAACCACGACAAGCAGACAACUUCAGAAAAUAUAAAAUAAAACAAAUUCCGAAAAUAGACAUCUUGUGUUCUUGAUAUUCAAGAUAAAAACAAGAGUGUAAAGACAGAGUCGGUAAUAUUUCGUCUUUAUUCCAAAGACAUCGUCAGACCUAUGAAAUUACAAGUAAGCUGUGAUUUAUAUGUACAGCUAUUUACAGACGCAGCGGAAGUAUAAAAUUACUAAUGGCUUUAGAACAAUGAUAGUUUUUUACAAGCUUUUAGACCACUAUUGAGAUGUGGCAUAUUACGCUUUAUCAGUAAUGCUUCUAGGUAAAACUGAACGUAACUUACAAACGCGACUAACACAGCACGCUACCAACUACAACAAUUCUAGUGCCAUAUCUCAACAUCUCUUAGACUGUCCUGACGCACACUUCAUCUCUCGCCUUUUCUCAUUUCCUGACAUUGAUUCUGAGGAAGAUUUCACUGACUUACUUUGCAAUCCUCGUAAUCUAAUUCAAACUAAUACUAAAAUCCUAUAUCGUUGUAAUAAUAAUAAUCCUAAUCAACUUCUUAUCCUAGAAGCACUACUGAUAAAGCGUAAUAUGCCACAUCUCAAUAGUGGUCUAAAAGCUUGUAAAAAACUAUCAUUUUUCUAAAGCCAUUAGUAAUUUUAUACUUCCGCUGCGUCUGUAAAUAGCUAUAUAUACAUAUAGAUCACAGCUUACUUGUAAUUUCAUAGGUCUGACGAUGUCUUUGGAAUAAAGACGAAAUAUUACCGACUCUGUCUUUACACUCUUGUUUUUAUCUUGAAUAUCAAGAACACAAGAUGUCUAUUUUCGGAAUUUGUUUUAUUUUAUAGUUCCCUUUUGACAGCCCUUAUUUUCCUUAUUUGGAAGAACUUUUACCUUUGACCCCUCCUCCCUCCCCGUAUACAUUCCUUUAAAACGGCACUGAAUAUACUGAUGAUAUAAUAUAUUGACACAGCUUCAUCAAUUCAGCGCUUUUCACCAUGAUCGUAUCAGCCGGGCGGUCGAGCGAUUUCUGGUAAUUAGUCUGAUGAAAAAUUUGUUGGUUGUAAUUGCAUGUCUUAUUGUCCUAUAAAAAAAACUAACGUGCAAAUGAAAGAAAACAACCUGGCCUGAAAACAACUGUGAACCAUAUUCGUGUGUGUGGAGUAUUUAAACAAGAGUGCCUUCAAAUGAUGGUUCGAGUUCAUGAUCAGGCUCAAUACUAGAAAUACAUGCAUGCUGCAACCCUCGUCUAUACUUUCCAAACAUUGAUUUAGCAUGAAGUAUUGGUAAUUUACCAACACUGAACGCAGGCUCGCGUUACGCGUCAACUCAAGUGCUGCCAUAUAGCGACACGUGAUUAUUUUUCAAUUUUUUAUAUAUUUUAUAUAUAUAUAAAAACAGCAAAAAUAGGUGAAUAUAUACUUCGAAACUCUUUUUAUACAACGAGCCUUGAAAGAAACGAGACGAGUUGAUUUACUAUGCAUGGGAAAUGCGACCAAUGGCCAUGCAUGUGAAUUAUUGGGCAAGAUUGCUUUCAAGGUUUAAGAAUAAGUGUUGAUGAAUUUUGUUGCAUAAAUUUUAUGCCUAAAACAAGCACUGCUCUCCUUUUCAAUGCAAGUGUUAUAGUUUCCUAAAUUAUCCUAUUCAGUAUAAUAAUAAUUUCAACACCAUAAUAUUAGAACAUAUUUUUCAACCGAAGUCAAUUUUCACUUCAUGUAGCGCGGCAUCAUGUUUGUUUUGUUUUGAAGCAAUCCGUUACUUCUUUAAACUAAUCUGCUUUAAACUGAUUGGUUGAUUUAAUCAUUACAAUGUUUUUUCACUAAUCAGAUCAGUUUGUUACAGAUUUUUGCGCUGUGACACAGAGAAGAGAUAUACAGAGAGGAAACUGACACUCGAUAACCUGAAUUUUUGUGUCACGCGCCACGCAAAAUCUUCCAGCCAGUGCCGUCGCUGAAAUUUCAUAGCAAAAGAUAAGGAAAACGCCGUUCGAAAGGUGAAGAUCGCUUUUUUAAAAAAAUAAGAUACCCAUGGAAAUUUUUUUCAAUAAAUUAUUGCAGAAUAUAUAACGGUAAGCGAUCACUUUUAUUGAUUUCCUUUUAUUAAAAGUGUUAACAUAACAGUUUAUUUUGCAAAAGUUUGUUUUUUUUCCCUAUCUACUCCUUAUUAAAAUCGUGAAAAGCACUGGCUGGGAGUUUCAGAUGCUCAUAUAUAAAAAGCAAAGCAGCGAAUGAUAUAAAUGCCUCAAAAUAUAACGCUUGCAUAAAAAAACAUGAACACCUCUGUAAUAUGUAUAGUUUUUUUCCUCUGCAUGGUCAAAAUUUAAUAGAAUUGUGAAUUAAUAUAAUUUUCUAUAGUUAGUAGACUUAAUAUAUCGGCGUGACAUAAUUUGCCGCGUGUUUCCUCUCUGUAUAUCUCUUCUCUGUGACUGUGAUUACAAGAAAAUUGCGCUGUAAUUACAAAAAUUAGGUACGCUGUGCGUACAUGUUGCAUGCCUUCUGAAACUUAUGAUGCGCUAUAGCGCUUAUAACCUUUGGUACAACUGGCGUGAAACUUAAAAUAUUGAUUCAACAAGUUUAACAAUAUCAAUAUAUUUAUUGAAAAAUAGCUUUUAUGUCAAAAUAAGAAACUUAAGAUUCUCAUACGAAUAGGCAAUGUUUUUAUGAGCGACCGUUCAUCGUUAGUUGCAAGCGACGGUAAUAACAAGGUCAAGGCCGGUCAAGGUUUUAUCGAAAGCGAUUGACUGGGUUAGUACUAUUUUCCAUCCAGCAAACUGACCUGACGUCAUUUUCGCAAGAUGGAAGAGGUGUUAAAUGGCUAUGUAACUAAUCUAAACCCUACCCCUACUCUAACCCCUAAACCUAACCUCAACUCUAACCCAGUGGCGUAACUACUAUGGGCUCAGACCGGGUAAACCCGGGGGCCCCCAACCCAAAUGGGGGCCCCCAGGCUUAGACGAUAGGGAAAAAACAUUGGCCAGGGCCUCUGAUAUGUUACAAUGUCGUUUUAUGACCAUCAGAAUUCUGUAAAAUCUCUCCCCAAAGUCCAGGAAAUGGCAUUUCAGAGAGUCUAGAUUAAAAAAUUUUCCGGAUGACCAUGCCCUGGACCCCCUAGAAAACUCGUGCAUAUACGGCGCUCGACUCGUGCCUUUGGCACCUCUACUAGGGGGGCCUUCGAAAAUUUUGAACCGGGGGCCCCCUGAUAUAACGUUACGCCACUGCUCUAACCCUAACCCUAACCCUAACCCUAACCCUAACCCUAACCCUAACCGAAUUAAUAAAAAAAAUCCAAAAAGAAACGACUUUACAAAAUCGAUAGGGCGGUUUGCUGGAUGGAAAAAUGUGCUAACCGAUUGACUGUUAGAUUUCCUUUACAAAUGUAUAACUAAAUAACGUUAUUUCCUAUAGAUUUAGCUUUAUUGUAACUUUUUAAAGGUAUAAAAAACCGUGGAAACGGUGAAUUACUAUAAUAGACCGAAAAUGAUUAUUAAUUAAACUAUGAUUGAAAUUGUCAACAUAGGCGUAUGGGCUAACUAUACUGUGCCCCCAAACAAGAUUAGGCCCAUACGCCCAUGAUUGUCGAAGUAGAAAAGCAUAAAAGUACUAGUCAGCUAAUAUGACCUGUAUGGUCGUUUGAGUGAUUGAGAUGAGUUAAUUUACACUACAUUGAAUGUCAUGCUGAAUGUCAUGUUGAAUCUUAUGCGUACUUCACAAUGGUUGCUAUUUCGUUGUAUUAAAUUUCAAUACUAUUUAUAAUUCAAAUUUUGUUUGAUAUUUAUAUUUCAUGUUAUUUACAAAAUGUUCUGUAGUUUUGAAGCUUUGCACAGAAUAUAAUCAGUUCGAGCACUAUGGCUCCGUUUCAGCUUGAGUAUAUAAAAAUCGAGUGUUUUGAUAGCGUGGGCUUUGAGGCUUUCACGAUAUAUAAUAUAAACGCCUGAUAAAUGAUCAGUGCGAGCACAACGGCUCCAAAAUCACAACAAAUAACAGAAUACAAGUUAAGUUAAAAACAGCAAAGCUUUACCUACCUCGACCUAUUUUUCUAAGGCGCUCAAUUAUGUAAAUUUUCGACAAAUAAUCAAUAUUUCUUUGCGUUUCCAUGACGAAAACCCGGCAUGAAAAUGCUCGUCGGAAAAACUCGGUAUUAGUCGUCUUUUACGAAUCUGCCACGUGACUGGUACGCUCACCGCUCACCGCCGCCAGGGCGCUGUAAAACACGGGCGGUGAAACGGCUAUGGCGCCCCUGAUCUAUGUGUGAUGCAGGUCCCCCCGCAUAUUUUCAUUUUUAUUCGAUGCCUGGUUCGAUCAGGCAUGUUUGUUUUGACUUCCUUUUAAAAUUACUACGUAAAAAAGUACAAUUCGAGCAUGAAUACACAAUGGAUUUGGGAUCUGUGCUAUUUAAUACUAUAGACAAAAUCUUUUUCCGGAUUCUUAAUCACGGCUGAUUAUACAAGGACCGUUGUAGUGUAGAUAGAAGUCUGGCAUCUCACUCACGAGGAUCGAUUGUUUUUGCAAAACAACUUCGUUCGUGUGUUUGUUUAUAAGAUGAAAAAAGACGAAGAUAAAGCUUUUUAAACGGCUGUUGUCGUAAAACCUGCAACUGGAAUGUGUGUUUGGAAAUCAGGUAUGUUCAAUCACACGUAUUUUUGUCGAGUUCGACCAGAUGAAGCGCCAUGUAAAUUGAUAAAAACAGCAAGUUCUUUUUUUCAAGCGAUAGUUUGUUGUCGCAGUUUUACAAGCGCGGAAAAGUUUUAACUUUUAAAUAUUUCAUGCACAAUAUAUGAAAAAUAGCUUCAUUUUGAUGUUUUUGUAUAACUCAAGUACCUAAUUUUCUGAAAAUCACCAAAUGAUAAUGGGCUUUUUUAAUUUUUAGACAUUUUUUCCCCUUAUUUUUGACAUGUGCAUGCCGAAAUCUACACAUGGAAUACAAGCAAGCGAUAGUUUGUUGUCGCAGUUUUACAAGCGCGGAAAAUUUUUAACUUUUAAUAUUACAUGCACAAUAUAUGAAAACUAGUUUUAUUUUAAUGUUUUUGGAUAAUUCAAGUACCUAAUUUUCUGAAAAUCACCAAAUGAAGAUGGGCUUUUUUAAUUUUUAAACAUUUUUUUGCCCUUUAUUUUUGACAUGUACAUGCCGAAAUCCUCGCCGAAAUCUACACAUGCAUGGAAUACAAGCAAUUUGUUGUCGCAGUUUUACAAGCGCGGAAAAUUUAUAAAUUUUAAAUAUUUCAUGCACAAUACGUGAAAAAUAGUUUUAUUUUGAUGUUUUUGUAUAAUUCAAGUACCUAAUUUUCUGAAAAUGACUCAAUGAUAAUGGGCUUUUUUGUUUAAACAUACUUUUUUCCAGCUUGUUUCAUAGGGUGUCAGAUUUCAAAAACACGAAGUCGAAUGCAAAGCAAUACCAUGUGUAGAUUUCGGCAUGUGCAUGUCAAAAAUAAGGGCAAAAAAAUGUUUAAAAAUUAAAAAAGCCCAUUAUCAUUUGGUAAUUUUCAGAAAAUUAGGUACUUGAAUUAUUCAAAAACAUAAAAAUAAAACUAGUUUUCAUAUAUUGUGCAUGAAGUAUUGAAAAGUUAAAAAUUUUCCGUGCUUGUAUUAAAACUGCGACAACAAACUAUCGCUAGCUUGUAUUCCAUGCAUGUGUAGAUUUCGGCAUGCACAUGUCAAAAAUAAGGGCAAAAAUGUUUAAAAAUGAAAAAGCCCAUUAUCAUUUGAUGAUUUUCAGAAAAUUAGGUACUUAAAUUAUACAAAAACAUCAAAAUAAAACUACUUUUCAUAUAUUGUGCAUGGAAUAUUUAAAAGUUAAAAAUUUUCCGCGCUUGUAAAACUGCGACAACAAACUAUCGCUUGCUUGUAUUCCAUGUGUAGAUUUCGGCAUGUGCAUGUCAAAAAUAAGGGCAAAAAAAUGUUUAAAAAUUAAAAAAGCCCAUUAUCAUUUGGUGAUUUUCAGAAAAUUAGGUACUUGAAUUAUCCAAAAACAUCAAAAUAAAACUACUUUUCAUAUAUUGUGCAUAAAAUAUUUAAAAGUUAAAAAUUUUCCGCGCUUGUAAAACUGCGACAACAAACUAUCGCUUGCUUGUAUUCCAUGUGUAGAUUUCGGCAUGUGCAUGUCAAAAAUAAGGGGGAAAAAUGUUUAAAAAUUAAAAAAGCCCAUUAUCAUUUGGUGAUUUUCAGAAAACUAGGUACUUAAAUUAUCCAAAAACAUCAAAAUAAAACUAGUUUUCAUAUAUUGUGCAUGAAAUAUUUAAAAGUUAAAAAUUUUCCGCGCUUGUAAAACUGCGACAUCGCUGUGAACAUUAUGCAAUUUGGAGUCUUUUGGCGGACAUUUCAGUUGCAUAUUGUAAGUUCGAAAAGAGAAAUAAAACAACCUUUAACAUAGUAAAAACGGAAUUUUCUGCUUGUUCCUUAUCAUUGAAUAUUUUCCCUAACUUUUAUAUUGCAUUUGAAUGCCUGAAUAUGUUAAUGAAAAUGUUUCCCGCAAUGUUUUCUAAAUUGACAAUUGUUUUCUAACUUUAUCAAAACAAGAUCACAAGUUGUGUCAUUGUAAAUUACGCAAGUGACCUGGUCAUAAAUCUUUGAAUUAAAAAAAAAAGCCCACAAAAGCCCAUUUUCUAACCUUUUCAGGUCGAAAGUAUAACUAAUUAUUGAUAAUUUAAAGGGUUGAAGUUAACUUUCUUUCCACUCGGUUUGGCUAAAAAAACUCGACUACAAUUUGUCAUUGCCUGAAAAAUGUAAAUAUAUUUUAUGAUAAAAUCGCUAUGCCUUCAAAUAAUUUCACAUUUUAAAAAUGCUUUUCCAACUCCAGCGAUGUAAUUUGCAAUGCUAGCUAAUUAAUUGCCAGAGUCUCUAUUUUAUAACGAGUUAAUUUUUUUCCCUUUUUAAGGAUAGAUUUACCUUAACAAAUUGUACUUUUUGAUUGCCCUUUAAAUAUUUUUGUUUCUUGUUUUUGCUUCGCUUCAUCUUUGAAAAUCCCGCUUGAUCCGCGCAUUUCGCACGCUCGCGCCAGUCUCCCAUGCAUCACACAUGGAUCAGGCAAAUAUUAGUGCGUUUCACCGCCCGUGUUUUACCACGCCCUGCCGCCGCUCAUCACCGCUCACCGCGACACGAAAUUUAGAGCUAUAUGAAAAUAUGGCAUGCAACAAAAAUUGCAGCUGUGAUUCAGUACAGAAACUUGCACUGUGAUUACAGAAAAUUGCACUGCUGUUUGGGAUUAACUGCACUGAAAUCACAGUCUAGUAAUAUCUUUAUGUAUAUUAUUAUAAAAAGAAGUGCUGUUUCCACUUUCCAAGACACGUUAAAUAACAUUGACCCUAAUAUAAAAUUUACUAUAGAACAUGAGCAGAAAAACGAACUUGCAUUCCUUGACACACUUCAGUGUAUCCCGACACCAAGGCAAACCAGGGCCGUAGCGAAGGGGAGUAUUGGAGGGGUGGUUAAUCCCCCCCCCCCAACUUUUUUAGAAUUAACAUAUUCAGAAAAUCAGGUUGGUCAUUCGGAAAAUUACGGCAGUAAUAGUAUAACAAAAUUUUAGUUGUUUAAUUAAACAGAGGAAAUAUUAUAAAAUUGUAUUGUCAGUAUCAUAAACUGAUUUAUAAAAUCACGGCAUUUACAUGGAGUAACAUUCAACAAAUCGUAGAUCG